UUGCAAACGAGUGAGAGCAGCCGCUAACCGUUGCUGAAGCUAGGUUCUUUUUGUCGAUGGCGUGGUGCUAGUUGCUACGCAGACACCGAUUUGGUACAAGAAAUCGUUUGGUUUCGAGAGUUGUAGCUUUCAGCAUUGGUCUAGUCGAUUAGUGACAUUUUUAAGUACAUGUUAGUCAACAAACAUUUAACAGUCCUUGACCCAGCCUCAGUUUUGAGGUUGCCAUUUUUGUCCCAAGGUUAGCUAGCUAGCUGACCAUCGAUAGCCGAUUAACGCACUAACUAGUUGAACGGCAACACGGAACGUAAUAGUUGAGUUUAUUCUUUAAAAAUCUCGUAAAAACGAUUACAACAAUAGCAUGGCAGAAGCUGAUAAACUAAACAUCGACUCCAUUAUACAGCGUCUGUUGGAAGUUAAAGGCUCAAGACCUGGAAAAAAUGUUCAGUUGACAGAAAAUGAAAUUCGAGGACUGUGUCUCAAAUCCAGAGAAAUCUUCCUCAGUCAGCCAAUCCUGCUUGAACUUGAGGCUCCUUUGAAGAUUUGUGGUGAUGUUCAUGGGCAGUACUAUGAUCUGCUUAGGCUCUUUGAAUAUGGGGGCUUUCCACCUGAGAGCAACUACCUGUUUCUUGGUGACUAUGUAGACAGAGGCAAGCAGUCCCUGGAGACUAUCUGCCUGUUGUUGGCUUACAAGAUCAAAUACCCUGAGAACUUUUUCCUGCUCAGAGGGAACCAUGAAUGCGCAUCUAUCAACAGAAUAUAUGGGUUCUAUGAUGAAUGUAAGAGGCGAUAUAACAUAAAGCUGUGGAAGACCUUCACUGACUGCUUCAACUGUUUGCCUGUAGCGGCCAUUGUUGAUGAGAAGAUCUUCUGCUGCCAUGGAGGCCUGUCCCCUGAUCUUCAGUCUAUGGAGCAGGUGCGGAGAGUCAUGCGUCCCACCGAUGUGCCUGACCAAGGCCUGCUGUGUGACCUGCUCUGGGCCGAUCCAGACAAAGAUGUUCUGGGCUGGGGCGAGAACGAUCGCGGAGUAUCCUUCACUUUUGGAGCUGAUGUCGUCACAAAGUUCCUCCACAAACACGACAUGGACCUCAUCUGCCGGGCUCAUCAGGUUGUUGAGGACGGAUAUGAAUUCUUUGCAAAGAGGCAGCUGGUGACGCUGUUCUCUGCCCCAAACUACUGCGGAGAGUUUGACAACGCAGGGGCCAUGAUGAGUGUAGAUGAGACACUCAUGUGCUCAUUCCAGAUUCUUAAACCUGCAGACAAAAAGCUGUUCUAUGGGAGUGGUGGAGGCAUGGGCUCUGGGCGCCCAGUCACUCCUCCAAGGAAAGCUAAGAAAUGACACCAGUAGUUUGCCCACAACCUUGACCCAUCCCUCUUGUCCUCUCUACCUCUAUCUCCUUUUUUCACCAAACAGCCAGAAAUCAAACCUAUACCCAGGGCUUUUUCUUUUUUAUCUGUACUUCUUAAAACAUGUAAUGUUACAAGUGGUCUGAAUGUGAGUGUGUGCGCGUGCAGAUAACAGUGGUCUGCCAGUGAGCUUACAAAUCAUGUGUGCACAUGUACAUUUUGUGUGAGAGCAUUAGAGAAUUUAUACUUUCCCUGUUAUACCACUCUUCCUGUGGAAAGGCUGAAACCACAUGCGUCUGUGUAGUAAUUGUGACUGAAAGGCAGGCUUUGAGAAACAUUGGGAGAUUGAAAACCUGCCUGCAGAAUGUGUGAGUGUAAUAAAGGAGGGGAAGUCUUUUGUUUUCCCUGUCCUCUGUACUGUAAAAUCUCUAACACGAGUGUGCAUGUGUGCACUGGGGGCAUGCUCAGUUUUUGCCCAAUCUAGUCCCACAGAGGACAGACCUGUGCCCCCACACACAUGUACACUACACUUCAGAUUCAUAUGAGCCAGAGCUGUUAAAACAUACAGUUUAGGUUUGUACAGAUUUGAUUACUUGAAAGAGAUUUUUUGUGAAUUCGUUUUGUAGUCUUUCAUCAAGUUGACCAAUAAAGCGAGAAUCAAGUGA